AUGAAGCAGAUCACGACCUACUGCCUCAAGUUCCCACGAACCCUGACGAGGCCCUGGAAGUACAAUGCCAGUGUGGUGGAAUACUUCGUGGAGUUGGAGAGUACAUCGAAAAUCAAGAGGAGCGAGAUCGACAGGCUGCUAGAGGAGACGCAGGAGGAAAAUGCUGCCUCGUCCCACUUGGCCAUCGAUGUGAAGUCCAAGGCAGCCUUCAAGGACGAGGGAGAUGAGGUGCCGACAGAAAAUGCUGAGAGCGCCAAGGUGAAGGAGGAGGUGAAGUACUAUGCGGAUGCUCUGCAAGGGAAAAUAUCCUCGAUCACCAAAAUGACGACCCAGCUCGGGGCCCCCUACAACCCCAAGCCGGAUGAAGCUACGGCUGAGUUGGUCAAGGAGCUUGAUGAGAUUCACAGCAAGUUGAAUGCAGCCUAUGGAACAUUGGCUGGCAUACUCACGAAGCUAGAGAUGGAUCGCAUGGACUCUGCGGGGCUCAAGAGUUUGAAGCUGGACUUUUGCAAGCUUCGGGAGUCUGUGGCCGAGCCGAUGCUGAUGAAGAAUGUGAACCAGCUUCGCAAGUCCCUGAAGGCCGAUCCGAAUGCCGAUGAAAAUGAGGAGCCCGAGGUGACCACACGCCCCCGGAGGUCUCUGGCUGGAGACGUGGGGCGCGGCCAGCCGGCUCGUGGUGCCUUGCGAACGGCUCGAAACGUGGUGGAGGACUUCGGGACUGGAAGAUGCCACGUCUUGGAUAAGCUUAGCAAGGAAGAGGCGGUGCAUCGCCAUAUGGAGGAGCUGCAUCUGGAUGUGCAGAUAUCACAAGCUAGAGUGGGCGAGGGCGAGCACCCUGUGCUGUAUCCUACAAGUUGGAUCAAAGCCAUAGAUCGGUUUUCCUUGUGGGAUACUUUGUUUGGCACGGAUGACUUUGCUGCUGGGCAGAAUAUGCUUGAAGACUUCUGGGAUAAGUUUUCGCGUAUUCAUAGCGACUUCGAGGGCCUGCAGCAGGGAAUCGAUGCCAGACGAUUGGUGCCAAUUUACAUCCAUGGCGACGAAGGCCAACACUACAAAAAAAAUGCAGUGAUGGUACUGCAGGUUCAAAGUGUUCUAGGCCGUGGCACCAGCCGUCUGUCUGAAGCUCGUCAGGGCGAUGUUUUUGGGAACGAGCAGGGCUACUAUGUCAACCAAAAGGGUGUGACACUUCGGACGAGACUGUUGUUCUCGGUGAUGCCGAAGGAGCAGUAUGCCCAGUCUGCUCAGACCCUGGAAGACCUCUGCGAGCGCCUGUGCGAAGACUUGAAGUCUGCUUUUUUGGAUGGGGUCCAGCUGAUGGAUGGCUCCAAGCUGUCCGACUGCCCGGCCUUCCUGGAGACCAUGGGCAUGGACGAGAUGCCUUGGGAGACAGAGUCGCCCUUCACUCGCUUGCUGCCCCAGUUUGCAGACAAACCAAGCUACUUCAAGCCGGACCCCUGGCACACGGUGAACCUGGGGACUGGCAAAUCCUGGGUGGCCAGCUGUCUCGUUCUUUUGCUUCCGCUAUUUGCUGGCAACAAUAUUUCUGUGCGCCUCGUCCCCCGAAAGGUGAAGUUCAUUACCAACGGUAUUACAACAGAACUUCUGGGCUGGAUGUCUGUUCAGGAUUGCCCCGAGGGCCAUUGGAACAAGGGGGCUCUGACAACCACCCUGAGCCAAUUCAUUGAGCAUGUCUGCUCAGCUCAUGGUCUGGAGGCCUCUGGGGAUGAGAAGCUUCGUUUGGUGGCAUCUGGCACACGAGCCCUGAACUCGUUCAUGAGGAACCUUUACGUCUGCCCGUUUUGGUUAUCUCGUGAUUCUAAGAAUCAGGUCGUGUCUGCUGGCAUGCACCAUCUACGAGCUUGUGCUCGUCUGGCCCUUCUGUGUUACCAGGCUGGAACUGAACGGUUUCCACUGACGCCGAAGCACCAUGCUCUGUGGCAUAUCAUUCAGGUGCUGUCUUGGCAAAGUGACAUGGGAGGCGGAUGGGCGAUGAAUCCUGUCAUAGAGACAUGCGCCCAAGAUGAGGACAUGGUGGGGCGCAUCGCAAGAGUUUGCAGGUCUGUUUCGCCGCGACUUACAGCACUGCGCACGAUUCAGCGAUAUCUUCUACAAUGCCACGAAGUUUUUUUUGCUACAACAGGUACAUGA